AUGAAGGAAAAACGACGCUCGUUGAACUCUGCGGCAAAGAAUGAAUGGGAAAAACUUUUGGAAGCUAAUAAUCCAAACUCAGCCCGAUACAACAGCAGAAGUAAACCGACCGGGAUCAUUGAAAAAAGCCAAAGAAGUUUGUCAGUCAACCGGGACUCAGUCGGUGAAACCUCAAGUAUCCUUCCGCAAGCGAAGGAUAAAAAGUGGGAAGGAGCUGCUUAUGCAUUGCAGUGUUACGCUAGAGGACAUAGCCGAGUGCAUCAAUCCUUCGACGCCCUUCUUAGCAGCACCGCCGGCCGCUUCGUUUUCCGAGUUUUUCUUGAAUCGGAAAUCGCCGACGAAAACCUCAAGUUUUGGCUGGCCUGCGAAAACUUAAAAAGCGCGACGAAGCAGAAGCGAAUCGAAAAAGGAGUUCAAGAUAUUUACGACACUUACAUCAAUGUCUAUUCUCCACACGAGGUAAACAUCGAUUACAAGAUGCGAGAAAACAUCGUUGAUCAACUGAAAGACAAGAUGGAUGUAUCCAUAUUUACUGAGGCGCAGCACCAAAUAUAUACAUUGAUGCAUAGGGAUUCAUACCCUCGAUUUCUUUGCUCAAACCUCACUGCCGAAAUAACUAAAGAACUAGUGGAACAAAGUAAAAGAAACGGUGACGUUAAACAGAAAACAGAGAGGUCAUUCGAGUUCAUCUCGUGUUGCUGCUGUCGUCGCCAACGGAGCGUAAGGGGCCCGUUAGGUGUCGUAGAAGAGCAACCUUGCUCGUUAAACCCAGUUGCGAACUCGCGGAAAUUAAGUGCGGGCGAGAUGGACGAUGAUAAUCCUCGGUUGGACUCGAAUAGUUCCAGCGACAACGAACACGAAGAUGUACGUGCCUCUUCCCCUGCUAACGAAGAUGAAAACAGCGCAGCAGCAACUUGCAACAGUGCGAUGAACGGGACAGGACCGCUAGCGCCACCGCUCGGCGAAAAGAUGUACAAUGACACGUGAUCGGACACACGACGUUUCGGUUUGUGCAGUCCGUAACCCGCAACCAGACAAAUUAUCCGCGUGGGGGAUCUUUUGUUGUUUCUGCUGCUCAUAAGAACAUCUCACUGCCCUAAAGACUGACAAUGUAGUUGGCUGGUCGCGAUCGCGAUGGCCAGUUGCAUAACAGCAAUAUAUACCACACGUCCUCAACAGAGCGUCGCAUGCUCAGUUAAACUUACUGGGUUAAAAAUGACCUUUAUUCAAAUAUCAUCGCUGUGCAAGGAAGACUUGUAUAACUACAAUUCGCUUUUUUACUGUCGUAGUAUCUUAGUGUUAGCACUCUGCGCAAGUUACUUCACAAACAGAAACCUAACCUUGGCCACCUUGUGUGUUCUCCAACGAAUUUUAAUUUAUUAUUUUAUCACCGAUAUCAUGAUUAUUCUAAUCUGAUUAACUGUGAAAGGUUUCCGCAAAUGGAACUAAAGAUCCGGUAGAAACAAGCGGACUCUAUAUUCGUUUAGGUUCAUGGUACUGUGUGAAGUAUAUUAUAUAAGUUUUUUUCUAGACAUUGAACUGAUAGAGAAUGAGGUACAUUACAACAUUGUUUUUUUAAUAGUUACAAUUAAAAAGUAUUUUUUUCACAUUCCAGUAUUAUUUAUAUCAAUUAACGGUGUAUGGUAAAAUGCCUAUCUUGCCCGCCGUAACCCAAACAUUGGAGUUUUGAUGACUCCCCGCAAAUGCAGUUGUUUUUCGGAUUUCCCUUUCCAGCACCGUAGCAUACUCGCUGCUACAGUGCAAUAGUACAUUCUCCGACAAACUGCAUAACUGCCUAUAGGUACUUAUAACAAUAUUUUUGUCGUUUUGUACACCUCGUACUUUUUGUUUCAAUGUGCAAAUAUUCAUGUAGCAUCGUUCUCACUAAAAUAUUAAAAAUACCGUCGGACACCAUCA